AACCUUAAGUUGUUUGUAUAGGGCUUAUCUCAACAGCACAGGCGAUUAUGUUCUUUGGAUGAUCUUGUUCCUCAAUGUAGAAGGAAAUCAGUUUUAGAUGUUCUUAUUAGGAAUAAUGUUCCUUUGCUGAGGGCAACCUGGUUUGUAAAGGUUACUUACCUCAAUUUGGUUCGUCCUGGUUCUGCCAGUGUUCCUUCUGGGACUAAUGACAAAACACAACUUUCUUGUUCCGAGCUUUGGACCAAAGAUAUUAUUGAAUACAUGCAAACUCUUCUGGAUGAUUUUUUCUCAAAAAAUACUUCUCAAUCUACUCCUCAUAAUCGAGAUCAAUCACCUCAAAUGUCUUAUGCUACGUCACUUAAGCACAGAAGUAGCCAAUUAUUACCUGUUUCUGAUGGUGAAGAACCAUCUUUACAUUUUAGAUGGUGGUAUGUUGUUCGGCUUCUGCAGUGGCAUCACACUGAAGGACUGCUUCUUCCUUCUCUUGUCAUUGACUGGAUUUUUCAUCAACUACAGGAAAAGCAAUUGCUUGAAAUUUGGCAGCUGUUUUUGCCUAUUGUAUAUGGCUUCUUAGAAAUUGUUGUUCUAUCUCAAACAUAUGUACGUACUCUUGCUGGAGUAGCACUUAGUAUCAUUCGUGAUCCUGCUCCAGGUGGAUCGGAUCUAGUAGAUAAUUCCAGGAGGGCAUAUACGGCUGCUGCUCUGAUUGAGAUGCUCCAGUAUUUAAUAUUUGCAGUUCCAGAAACUUUUGUUACUUUGGAUUGCUUUCCUUUGCCGUUCUCUGUAGUUUCACAUACAAUUAAUGAUGGUAAUUUUGUACCAAAAGCAAUUGAAGCUGCAGAAAAGAUAAAAAAUAGUUCAGAAGAUGUUGUGUGUACAUUUAGAAGUAAAGGCCUUGAUGCAAAAUACGAAUCACUUGCAUUUGGUCGUGUUAUUUCGUGCAUUCAAAAACAUGCAGAAAAUCUCACAAAGGCUGUAAGCCCAGGCUAUCCAGGUCACUGCCUGGCUAAAGCUGCACAAGCCUUGGAUAAAUCUCUUGUACUUGGUGAUAUACGUGGAGCAUACACCUUUCUCUUUGAAGACCUAUAUGAUGGACGUUCAUCCGAAGGUUGGGUUGCAAAAAUUAGCCCUUGCUUAAGGUUAUCACUGAAGUGGUUUGUGAAUGUAAAUUCAUCACUUGUUUAUUCAGUAUUUUUCCUUUGUGAAUGGGCAACAUCCGAUUUUAGGGAUUUUCGGACUGCUCCUCCUUGUGAUAUAAAGUUCACGGGUAAGAAAGAUCUUUCCCAAGUGCAUAUAGCAGUUAGACUUUUAAAGAUGAAGCUGAGGAAUAUGCAUAUUUCAUCAAGGCAAAGGAAUGAAAACACUCAUCAUGGAGUUGACUAUUCAGCAAAAUGUUCAAGUCAGCACAUUAAUUGGAAUAAUGCAUCCAAAAUAAAAUCUAGCUCAAAAAGUAUGAACCAGAGUAUCUGUUCUUCAGUUAUAUUUGAAAGCCCGGGUCCUCUACACGAUAUCAUAGUUUGUUGGAUUGAUCAGCAUGUAGUGCAUAAAGGAGUAGGCUUCAAAUGCUUGCAUCUCUUUAUAGUGGAACUAAUUCUGGCUGGCAUCUUUUACCCUUUGGCUUAUGUACGCCAGCUGAUAGUGAGUGGGAUCAUGGAUACAAGUGUAAAUAUGGUUGAGCUAGAGAGACAAAAGAGACAUUGUCAAAUAUUGAAGCAGCUUAGUGGGAACUUCGUUCGUCAUGCUUUGGAAGAAUCAGAGAUUAUUGAAGGACCACUACUUAUUGAAGCCUUACAUGUUUACUUGAAUGAGCGACGCCUCAUACUUCGUGGUUCCUUUAGCGAGAACCACAUCAAUGGUAGUAGUAGGGCCAAUAAUUCCACUGUCAAUAAAAAACAUUGUACAUCUUCAGCAAAAGAUGGAUUUUCUACGGUAUCAAUUGAUCAACAGAAAACUGUUCCUUCAAAUAAAAUAUCUGAUAAAGUUGAGAAGGAUAACACUUGUGUUGAAAACCUGAAGACAGCCAUUUCAGUAUUGUUACAACUACCAAAAAGUUUACCUAAUCCAAAUACUACCGAACUGGGGGAAUCUCAAGGUAGUGUCAAAAGACUUGUUAGGUGUUACAGCAAAAUUGAUCUCAUGGAGGCUACACCUGGGUGUGAAGAAUGUAGAAGAGCAAAGAAACAAAAAUUGAGUGAGGAAAGAAGUUCAUUGGACGUCGAAGAUACAUGGUGGGUGAAGAAGGGGCUAAAAUCCUUGGAGCCUCUCAAAGUUGAUCAACCACUUAAGACAACUAAGCAAGUUACCAAGAGUCGGCAUAAGACUGUACGGAAAACCCAAAGUCUUGCUCAACUGGCUGCUUCUAGAAUUGAGGGUAGCCAAGGGGCAUCAACAAGUCACGUGUGUGAUAUUAAGGUAAGCUGCCCUCACCAUAGAACUGCUAUGGAUGGGGAUACGGCGAAGUCGGUUGAUGGAAUCCGAACUAGUCAAUAUCAGGAUAUUGUUUCACUAGGAAGAGCACUGAAACGCCUUCGCUUUGUUGAGAAAAAGGAAAUAACAGUUUGGCUGAUGACUGUAAUUAGGCAGUUUAUUGGCGACUCUGAAAAAAGUAUCGGUAAAGUUGGCCAGUUUGGCAGGCCUGUAACCACUAUGGAUGAUAGAAGUUCAAUACGGUGGAAACUUGAGGAGGAUGAACUUUCUGCUAUACUUUAUCUGAUGGAUGUCUCAGACGAUUUAGUACCAGCCAUCAAAUUUCUCCUGUGGUUGCUACCAAAGGUUUGCAGUAGCUCAAAUUCUACAAUUCAUAGUGGAAGAAACGUUUUAAUGCUAGCAAGGAAUGUGGAUAACCAAGUUUGUAAUGUUGGAGAGGCCUUUCUGCUAUCAUCGCUGAGAAGGUAUGAGAACAUUCUUGCUUCAGCAGAUCUUAUUCCUGAAGCUCUGUCGUCUGUAAUGGAUCGGGCUGCAGCUAUUAUUGCCUCUAAUGGACGAGUUUCAGGUUCAGGAGCCCUAGCUUUUGCCCGUUAUUUGUUGAAAAAAUAUAGCAAUGUGGUCAGUGUCAUUGAGUGGGAGAAAAAUUUCAAAACUACAUGUGAUAAGAGACUUGCUUCUGAAUUUGAGUCUGGAGGACGAUUAGUUGAUGGAGAGUUUGGGCUUCCCCUUGGCGUUCCUGCAGGAAUUGAAGACCCGGAUGAUUAUUUCCGUCAAAAGAUAAGCGGUGGCCGGUUACCAUCCAGGGUAGCUUCAGGCAUGAGAGAUGUUGUACAACGUAAUGUGGAAGACGCGUUUCACUAUCUUUUUGGAAAGGACAGAAAGCUCUUUGCUGCUGGUUCACCAAAAGGUUUCUCUUUAGAAAAAUGGGAUAAUGGAUAUCAAAUUGCUCAACAUAUAGUUAUAGGUCUGAUAGAUUGCAUUAGGCAGACCGGUGGUGCUGCUCAAGAAGGAGAUCCCUCUUUGGUCACUUCUGCUGUUUCUGCCAUUGUUGGCAGUGUUGGUCCAUCUUUAGCAAAAUUGCCUGAUUUUUCCGCUGGCAAUAAUCAUCCAAAUAUCUCACUGGCAACAAGUUCAUUGAACUAUGCUAAAUGCAUUCUUCGAAUGCAUAUAACAUGUUUGUGUCUGCUUAAGGAAGCCUUGGGAGAGCGCCAGAGCUGUGUAUUUGAUAUUGCUCUUGCAAUAGAAGCUUCAAAUGCUCUUGCUGGGGUUUUUGCUCCAAGUAAAGCAUCUCGAAGUCAGUUUCAAAUGUCACCUGAAACCGAUGAUACUAGUGCAACUAUGUCAAAUGAUGUUGUAAAUAGUUCUAGUAAAAUCGUGCUCGCCAGAACAACGAAAAUUGCUUCUUCCGUUUCUGCACUUAUUGUUGGUGCAAUUAUAUAUGGUGUUACUAGCCUGGAGAGAAUGGUAACCAUUCUCAGGUUAAAGGAGGGUCUGGAUGUAGUUCAGUUUGUAAGAAACUCAAGAUCCAAUUCAAAUGGAAAUGCACGAUCAACUGGGGCUAUUAAGGUGGACAGUUCAGUUGAAGUGCAUCUCCAUUGGUUUAGAUUGCUUGUUGGAAACUGCAGAACCAUAUGUGAAGGCUUAGUGGUGGAUCUCUUGAGUGAACCAUCAAUUGUAGCCUUUUCAAGAAUGCAGCGUACACUUCCUCAAAGAUUGGUAUUCCCGCCUGCCUAUUCAAUAUUUUCCUUUGUUAUUUGGCGGCCCUUCAUUACGAGCGCCAAUGUAGCAAAUCGUGAAGACACAAAUCAGCUUUAUCAGACUCUAACAAUGGCCAUAAAUGAUGCAAUGAAGCAUUUGCCUUUUCGUGAUGUAUGUUUAAGAGAUUCGCAGGGUCUUUAUGAUCUUAUAGCUGCAGAUACAAGUGAUUUAGAGUUCGCAAACUUGCUAGAGUUGAAUGGCUCUGAUAUGCGUUUAAAUUCCACGGCGUUUGUUCCGCUUUGUGCUAGGCUUUUUUUAAAUGCCAUGGUUGAUUGUAAGAUGCCACAGUCUAUUUAUACAAAGGACGGUGGAAGCUGCAUUUCUGGGCACGGUGAAUCUAAAAUUCAUUUUACUGACAGUGAGUCUAAGCUUCAGGAUCAGCUUGUAGAUGUUUUAGAGGCUCUGCAACCUGCCAAAUUCCACUGGCAAUGGGUUGAACUCAGGCUGCUUUUAAACGAGCUGGCCCUCAUUGAAAAACUGCAGACACACAACGUGUCCUUAGCUGAUGCUAUACAGUUGUCUUUACCGAGUUCUGAGAAGGCUGCUGCUUCUGAGAAUGAGAACAAUUUUAUUCAAAUACUGUUCACAAGGUUACUUGUUAGACCAGAUGCUGCACCCCUUUUCUCGGAGUUGGUUCAUCUUUUUGGGAAGUCGCUUGAGGAUUCUAUGUUGUUGCAGGCUAAAUGGUUCCUUGGAGGUGAAGAUGUCCUCUUUGGUCGUAAGACCAUUAGGCAACGACUAAUUAACAUUGCGGAGACCAAAGGAUUUUCUGUUAAGCCCCAUUCUUUGGAGCCCUGGGGUUGGUGCAGCCCAUCUACUGAUCCGUUAACUAUAAAAGGAGGUAAAAGGAAAGUUGAUUCUCUGUCUCUUGAAGAAGGAGAAGUUGUUGAAGAGGGAGUGAAUGUGAAAAGGUCCAUAAAAGGGUUCUCUCAAGUGUUUGACUCUGAAGGCUCAACCAUUAAGCAGCAGCAUGGGACGGAGAGGGCUUUUCUUGAAUUAAUUCUUCCAUGCAUAGAUCAAAGCUCCAAUGAAUCUCGCUAUUCAUUUGCAAGUGGUUUGAUCAAACAAUUAAGUUAUAUUGAGCAACAAAUAGCUGUAGUUACUUGCGGUCCAGGUAACCCAGCAGCAAGUAUGCCUGUGACCGAAGGUCAGACAAAUAAAGGAAAUAGCCGCAAAACUAUAAAAGGUGGCAGCCUUGGAUUAGCCAGGCGACCUACAUCUUCAACAGAUUCUUCUCCGCCUUCUCCUGCAGCUUUACGAGCCUCAAUGUCAUUGCGUAUCCAGUUACUCAUGAGAUUCCUUCCCAUUCUUUGCACAGAUGGGGAGCCCUCGGUGCGGAACAUGAGACGCACACUUGCCUCUGUAACUCUUCGAUUACUUGGCAGUAGAAUUGUGCUUGAGGAUGCAAACAUUUUGGUUAAUGCCACACACUCUUCUCUGUCAAAAAAGGAUGCGGAGUCACCUUCUAAAGUUGCUUAUGCUGCUUUUGUAGAUUCUUCUGUUGAGGGACUUUUUGAACGAUUGUUGUUGAUGUUGCAUGGUUUGUUGAGUAGUAGUCCUCCAAGCUGGCUUAGGUUGAAACCUGUUUCAAAGACAACAACUAAUGAACCGACAAGAGAUUUGUCUGGAGUUGAUCGCGAGUUGUUGGAGACUUUGCAGGUUUGAUCUUCCAGCCUAUGAAUGCAUAGCUUCUAGUUUCUGGGAUUGAUCCUACUUAGCUACUAGGGUUGAUCUUUCAUCCAACAUUUUAUCCUUUUGACAUUUGAUUUAACACUAAUUGUAGUUACCACAGAAAACUGGUUGGAGCAAAGAUUCAAUGAAAAGAUAAUUUUUUUAA